AUGGACGCCACGACGAGCAACAGAGAAGAAGACGAGAGGCUCAAGCUCGAGCUAUCGCUCCUCCGAUCCAUGUACCCGGGACAGAUCGCCUUCGCCGAGGGAUCCCGCGGGCUCACCUUCUCCACCGACGCGGCGGGCCCGUCCAAGUUGGAGCUGCAGAUCCCCGACGGCUACCCCUCGACGGAACUCCCGAUCGUGCUCGCGGCGCGGGUCGGGCGGCGGGACCUGCGCGACGCCGUCCACCGGCGGAUCCUCGCGUGCCCGGUCGGCGAGGAGGUCCUCGAUGCGAUCGUCGUGGCGUUCAUCGAGAUCUGCACCGACGUGGUAGAGACCGCAGCCGAGAACGAGGAGACUCCCGCUGGACAACAACUGACCGCCAGCUCGGAGGAAACGAGUACGGCCACCGUCGUCGUCUGGCUCCAUCAUCUGCUCAACACGAACAAGCGCAAGCAAGCCCUAUCCCCGACGACCUCAGGGCCGGUAAACGGUGUGACCAAACCAGGCUAUCCGGGUGUUCUGAUCUUUUCGGGGCCGGCGAAGUCGGUGCAAGACCACGUCAGUGACCUCAAACAUCUCAACUGGCAGGCCUUCCAGGUCCGGCUGGAGGUGGAGGAGGCGUGGGAAUUCGCGCACGGCGGUGGGAUCGUCGAAGUGGAGAGCAUGAAGGAGAUCGUUGCGGAGAUUGGCGAUGCCAGGAAGGAUUUGUUUAUGGAAGCCAUGAGGAUGAAGUGA